UUUAUUGUUUCUUUAUUAUUUCUUUAUUGUUCCAUUUCAAGUCUUUCAACUGACUCGCGACCAACUUUACUGAGAUCUGCGAAUUUGAAUUUCACGUUCUCAUCAAUUAAUGAAAUUUUUAUUUUUAUUCUAUUUAUCUCGGAAGUGUCAAAAUAUCAAAAUUACAUUGCAGGUAGCAUGCUACUUUAUAAGAGAAAUUUGUUCUAUCGUUUUUAAACACGUAUCAUAUACUAUUGAAGAUUGAGAAUUGGAGAUUUUAGAAUUCGAUCGAUCAGAGCGAUUAAAUUUCAUUAGCUGAAUGGAAUCUUAAAAUUGCCCAUCAGGAACCAAACUCGAAGCGAUCUUAAAUAAAACCGGAUUAUGAAUAUCGCCCUAUUAGAAACAACUUAAAACAAUUUUAAGGAUCACGCCAGUGUCUGGCCUUAUAGAAAAGCGUUCCGAGAGGCACGUUAAAUUUUCCAGCUAGAACAAAUACCUCCAACUAUACAUAGAAUAUAGAUAGGAAAAAUAAACUGCGACUAGAGGAGGCAGGCGCAGCUUUCUUACUUAGCGCGAAUAAGGCUACACAUGUGCUCGAUUAAUUUUCGUUACACAACUCGUGCAUUUUCAUAACCACUAGAUGAGUAAUAAUUUUCUAUCUCCCUCUUCCUAUCUUUCUCUUUCUCUCUACUCCGAUUGAUAAACGAUUCGUCAGCGUUUUUUAGAACGCGCAAAGAGAGGAUUGUGACGGAGAGCUCAGUUGUGCGGUAAUUCUCAUUUUGCUCUUUCAUCAUUGCUGCAUCUCGACGCCUCGGAGGAUCCGCGGUGUCUGAUCAGUCUGACUCGAUUCGAACCUUCGUCAUCGGUCCACGCGACAUGAUGCGGCCGAUCGUGAUCGCCGCGUUCCUUUUGCUCUUCUGCGGUCUCGCUGUGGCCGUGACAUUUGACAUCUCGCGUGACCUCUCGCUGAGCGCGCUCAUGAAGGCAAUGCGGGAGAGUGAGGAACGGCCGAGCAGCGCCAAAUUCGACCCCGACGUCAACCUUAACACGCUGCAGAUGAUAAGAAAAGCUGGUUAUCCCGCGGAGGCUCAUGUUAUACAGACAAAGGACGGUUAUCUCUUGACUCUUCAUCGUAUCCCAGGUGAUAAGGAUCAACCACCCGUGUUGUUGCAGCACGGUUUUCUGUGCAGCUCCGCCGAUUGGGUCAUCUCUGGAAAAGAUAAAGGACUUGCUUUCAUAUUGGCUGAUCAAGGAUACGACGUUUGGUUGGGCAAUAUUCGUGGAAAUACUUAUUCGAGGGCGCAUGUUUCUCUAUCUCCAUCGGAUUCAAAAUUUUGGAAUUUCAGCUUUCACGAAAUGGGCGUCUAUGAUUUACCUGCGAUGAUCUUGUAUAUCACGAAUAUGACAUCGCAACCGUUGCACACAUACAUCGGUCAUUCGAUGGGGUCAACUGCUUCUUACGUGAUGGCAACGGAACGUCCGGAUAUCGCUCGAAUGGUGCGAGCGAUAAUCAGCUUGGCGCCUGUAGCCUUUUCGAAACAUAUAAAAAGUCCAAUAAGAAUUUUCGCUCCUUUCGUGAACGACUAUGAGAUAAUCGCGCAUUUCCUUGGCGAGAACGAGUUUCUACCGCGGAAUUGUGUACUGCGUUUUCUGGCGAAGUACGUCUGCGAAGGGAACGACUUUGAGAAGGAGAUCUGCACCAAUACGUUAUUCCUGAUCUGUGGAUUCGACAAAGAACAGUUUAAUUAUACUCUGUUACCUGUAAUUCUGAGUCACGACCCGGCCGGCGCCUCAACUAAAACGUUGUUGCACUUCGGCCAGGAGAUCGAGUCGGGCAAAUUUCGCCAAUACGAUUACGGAAGCGAGAAAAAUCUGUUAAUCUACAACGCAACAGAACCGCCGGACUACAAUCUAGCGAACAUCACCGUGCCGAUUGCGUUAUUUUACGCCGACAAUGACUGGUUGGCUAACAGCCUGGACGUGAAGAAACUUUACAGUAUGUUACCCAACGUACUGGACCUAUACAGAGUACCGUUCCCUAAAUUCAAUCACCUGGACUUCAUAUGGGGCAAAGACGCGUUUGAGCUCGUGUACAAAAGAUUGCUUGAGAUCAUGAAGAAGAUUACAAUGCGGUCAAUCGUAAUUGUGUACCUUUUAUCCCUUUGCGGCUUUCUCGACUCUGCACCGGCCGGCAUACUCGGCGUCCCGCAGGAAAUUUUGCAGCGUUUAUUCUCGAACGUGAUGCAAACGAGCAACGAACGUUGCUGGUCAAACAACGAAUUCACUCCUCCCGAAGUCAAUCUCAGUAUACCGCAGAUGAUACAAAAAGCAGGUUUUCCCGCGGAGGCUCACAUAGUGCAGACAGAGGAUGGUUAUCUCUUAACACUUUAUCGUAUCCCAGGUAACAACAGUUCGCCACCUGUGUUGCUACAACAUGGUCUUUUGACCAGCUUCGCCGAUUGGCUUAUUCCUGGAAGGGAUAAAGGACUUGGUUUUGUAUUGGCCGAUCAAGGGUACGACGUUUGGUUGGGCAAUUUUCGCGGGAACACCUAUUCGAGGGCACAUAUUUGUCUAUCUCCAUCGGAUUCAAGAUUUUGGAAUUUCAGCUUUCACGAAAUGGGCGUCUAUGAUCUACCCGCGAUGAUCUCGUAUAUCACGAAUAUGACAUCGCAACCAUUGCACACAUACCUCGGUCAUUCGAUGGGCACAACUGCUUCUUACGUGAUGGCAGCGGAACGUCCGGAAAUCGCUCAAAUGGUGCGAAUGAUAAUCAGCCUCUCACCCGUGGCAUUUUUGAAACAUAUGAGAAGUCCGAUACGGUUUCUCACUCCUUUCGCAAAUAAUCUUCAGAGGAUAUUACAUUAUCUUGGCAAAGACGAGUUUCUGCCGCACAGCAAUAUGACGCACUUCCUGAGCAAGACUGCCUGCGACAUGACGCGCAUCCAGGAAGAGAUCUGUACUAAUUUAUUAUUUCUGUUAUUCGGCUUCGACAGGGAACAAUUUAAUAUUACCUUGAUGUCUGAGAUUGUGAAUUACAAUCCGGCCGGUACCUCGACCAAGACACUAGUACACUUGGCCCAGGAACAUAAUUCUGGCAAGUUUUGCCAAUACGAUUACGGUAUCACAAAAAAUCUACAGAUCUAUAACGCAGCAGAACCACCGAGUUACAAUCUCGCAAACAUCACCACACCAUUUGCGUUGUUCUACUCCGAAAACGACUGGCUGUCCAGCAUCCCGGACGUGAAGGACCUCAUCGACCUGUUACCCAAUGUAGUAGAUGAAUACAAAGUUCCCAAGUUCAAUCACCUGGACUUCUUAUGGGCCACGGACGCACCUCAAUUUGUGUACAAGAGACUGCUCGAGGUCAUGAAGAUGAAUCCAAAGCCAAUUGAACAAUAUCGUAUUAAUGAUCAGGGCAAAAAAUCACAAUUGUAAAUGUCAAUAAAAAUAUGAAUAUUAAAUGCCCAAGCAGAACACACUCAUCACGAUGACGCCAAGAUGCAUGCCCCAAAAUGCUUUUAAAAUGAUUGUCAUUUUUACGUCAUGCACAACCUGUUCCGCUUAGGUGUUUGAAAAUUUACCGAUUAAUUAAGUUAAUUUGGUCAGAAU